ACGCGCGAUCGGCUCGAUGGACUUGUCUGUGAACAGCCGCCACUGCGUUAUCAUCGUCUUCGAACGCUCGCGUGUAUCCCAUGUUUAUUUACGAGUGACACUAACAUUCCUCUUAGUCGCGACUCGGGUCACGAAUAGAGUAUAUUAGCGGGUCUUCGUGUAGAGAAAUGCAUCGACCAAAAGGGAAAGGAAAGAUUACAGAUACUCAUAUUUCAACUAAAUCUCAAAACUGGUCAUCUUAUUCGAAGAAUGAUUUCAACAAACAACUUUAAUCUCGCCAAAAUUUUAUAAAAAAUAUUUCUGAAAAGUUUUAAACCUAAAUCAUGUUGCCUUUGUCAAACUUUCUCCAAAAGAAGUCAGAUUCUACGAACGGAACCACUAUUUUUAAAACGCCAACGAAUAUCAGAAUCUCAACCAACGAAUCAACCAUAUUACCCUCGUCGAGGCUUCUCCACGAGGAGUUAUCAGAUCCUAUAAACGGUACCACUACGUCUAAGACUCUAACCAAUACCAGAACCUCGACGAACGAAUCAACUACGUUACCCUCGACCAUCGUCGACGAAGUCGUGAGGAACGAUGACGAUCCCCCGCCUUACAGCCCGAUCGCGCCUCCGAAUCACGUCGGCUGGUCGUUCGACUUUUCGGGAAAUCGGUAUUCCGCGUACAACGCUACAACCUAUACAACGGCUCCAUUGGCCCCGUUCCAAACAAGCCUAACUUCGCCUGGCUUCGGUUUCCAUACCGAGAGAGCGGAGGAACAUGCAUCGAUUUCGAUGCCUUUAAUGCCUUGCAGGCUAUUUAUGUUCGGUUCUCGGAGAUCUCUGUUUCCACACGAUGGUCCGACGUUUACGGAUAACAUCUCGGUUAAUAAGGAGAAUAACCAUGAAAGAACACAUAGAUAUGGCGCCAUUUUAAUUGGAGCGGCUGUCAUUAUUUUUCUUAUGGUCCUUUCAUUACUCGUGAGAUUAAUCAUGGAUAAAAAUCUUUGGCGAAGUUAGCUAAGAUCAUGAAAUGUCGGCAAUAUGUGGUAUGCGAUUCGAACCGCUGUAUGCGUCGGCUGGACUGAUCAGUUCUCGUUGAAAAUUCGACGCACGUCGCGAGAUGUCAACGGUAACCGUGGAAAGAACGGCAUCGUCCUGUGUGCCUGGUCCACACGGAUGAGAUUUAAUAAUGUAGAGUAGCGGGCUAGACGUUAGGUACACACCGGGAUUGGUACACACCGCUUUCGGGCGUCUUCAAUAUCUGAGCAGCUCAAGAACCACAUUGUCUAGGGCGACGGCCCAACCCCUGAGAGUGCUUUAUGACUCUCUCUCUCUGUCUUUACUUCUCUAUCCCUGGUCAACGAUUACGAGACAAUGACGAGCAUUAUGCGGCGGAUAAUGGUCCAACGGGUCGCCAUUCACCCGGUGCACGUGCAAAGAAAGCAUACUUGACAAACAUCCCCCUUUCUAGAUCUUGAUUGAAUUAUGCCUCUCCGGAUACAACCAUAUCGACUCCGCCUUUCAUCCAUCCAGCCGAAACAUAUAGAAAGAUAUGGACAAAGAUCGAGGAAUUAUGUUGACGUUAGCCACGUGAAUAUAUAAGAUUGUUGCAAAACUUUUUUUUGUUAUUUAUGCAUUUUAAUGGUCAUAAUUUCAUAUAUAACCGUUUCUUUUAUAAAGGAUAUUUGUUCAUUGCUUAUUUUUAUGCUUAUAUAGUUUUGUAUUAAAAUUAAUCAUAAAAGAAA